AUGGCAGCGAAUAUUGCUAUCAGUGCUAAUGCUGCAGUUAUCAAUAAAGAUGCAAUUGUUACACCGACCACUAUUGCAUUGCAUCCAUAUCAAGUGUCUGUACGAGUUGAUGGUAUUCCUUCUUGUAUUGGAACGAUUAUCAGCGAACGAGUAGUAAUAACAACUGCUUUGUGUAUAUAUCUGUUUAGUCCACCUACCUAUAGCAUACAGUACGGCGUAAAUACAAUUGGUGGCUCAGAAAAUGUAAUUACAGCGGAACUAUUAGUAAAACAUCAACACUUUAAUCCUGUCAAUUUUGAUAAUAACAUUGGCGCUAUUAUACUUAGUGAAAGUAUACCACUUAGUGAAAACACCAAAUCCAUUGCAUUAGCCAAAAGCACUCCUGCAGCAGGUACAGUUGGUGUGCUCACAGGUUGGGGCUUAAUAGCCAAUACAGCCAUAUUAGACGAGAUUAAUUUGGAAAUUAUUAGUAAUACAAAAUGUGCUGUCAAAUAUACUGGACUAAAUGAUAUAAGUAGCAGUGUUUUGUGUGCUGGUGUUUAUGAAGACUUGAGUCAGGCCUGCGAUGGUGUUGCUGGCGCACCAUUUGUUGUGAACAAUACAUUGGUUGGUAUACUUUCCUUUGGCGAUGGUUGUGGUUCCACAACCGAUCCAGCAGUUUUUACUAGUAUUCCUAGUGCUUUAGAAUGGUUAUCUAAUGAAGUGAAUGAUGUCAAUGUUAUAUCCAACAUUGUUUAA